GCGCGUAAACCCGUUUUGACUAUCGAUAUAAGAUUAAUACGAUGUUUUUCAACCAAAAAAAUUAAUAAAUUACUCUAAAAGUUGUUGCUAUAACACGCUUAGACGAUAAAUAUAUCAAAGUGAAGUGGUUCUAUAAUAACAGAUAGGGGUGAAUAAUUUUCCUUGAUUAAUUAUUUAAUGUUGAAGAUGAAAAGGAUUUUUCACCUCAUUUUCCGCUUGCUGUUCCUUCUUGAAGGUGGGGUAUGGUCUCUCCGCAACCUGUCUAUCUCUGUCCCUCGCGCGGUGCUAUCAGGAGAGGGACAGUCCGCAGUACUGAGAUGUUCAUACGACUUAGAGGGCGCCGCGCUGUACUCAAUACGAUGGUAUCGCGCCGAGACAGAGUUCUACAGAUACGUGCCCAGGGAACUGCCUCCUACUAUGGUGUUUCCUCUGCCCGGAGCGAGCGUUGAUUUGUCACAAUCAGAUCAUCAUCAAGUUAGGAUCGUCAAUUUGAACAGACGUCUAAGCGGUGACUACCAGUGCGAGGUGUCUGCAGACGCUCCGCUUUUCCACACAGACAUACGAUCAGCUCCGCUCACCGUUGUGGACCCACCAUUCCGUGCACCGCUUCUUGCCGUGUCCCAGAGGAACUACAUCAGAGGUGACGUCAUCACAGCGAACUGUACCGUCGACGAGGCCUUCCCUGCUCCCAAUAUCACCUGGAUAUUGGAUGAUCAGAAAAUAGCGGAAACAGUAUCCUCACAGGCGGCUGAGCUGGACUUGAAGGAGCGAGCAGCAUUCAGUCAGCUGCAGCUAUCAGUGCUAGAGGUUCAGAAAUAUGAGCUUGGAUUGAGCUACACACGAGAUCGCCUUGAUAGAAGCUAUCACCCGCCGAAUAGAGAAAGUCCUAGACAUACAGAUAGUGUGAGCUAUAAUGUGUUGGCACCAGAAAGCGGCCAGUUUACCCUCAGCUGUGUUGCAACUAUACACAACAUCUACGCUCGACAGAGUGAGGUGGUCAUCAUGAGAGAGGAUGCUCCACAACCAGCCUCUGUCACUGGGGAGAAUUCCGCAGGUACAUCGCCUAGUGUCUAUAUGUUUCUAACAUUAGUAUGCAGCGGAGCAGCUAUCGUCUUCUCGUUAUGACCAGCACAAGAUACUCGUUCUUCUAAACUUUUAUUGUUGUUAUAUUGAAAAAUAUAUAAGUCAGUUAUCCUACUAAGUCAGUGUUGUUCUUAAAGUAAUUUGUAUAUAAAAGAUAUAUAGCUGCCAGAAUGUUUUUGUUAUAAAUGACCCCAUUUUUAGUAUUUCAUUGUUAUAAUUAUAUAAUUAAUAAAAUUAUACGCAAUUAUAUAAGUAACGAAAUAUAUGUUAUUAAAUUGUUGCAUCAAAAUAACAUGUGAAUAUGUAAAUAAAUAAGUUUUAAAUUA